AUGAAAAUACGAGCAUUGAAAUUAUCGAGUGAUAUAGAUCAUGUAUUGGAUAGAGUUUUAGAAGUCAAUGAUUCAAAUCAAAUCAAUAACCUAGUAAUGUUCAAUCUAAUUGGGAACAUAAAUUCCAGAAUAACAAAUUUAAAAGAUUUAACAAAACUAAAUAAACUAUAUUUAAAUGAUAAUGAAAUUUUGAAAAUUGUGAACAUUUGUAACUUCAUAUUACUGAAGGAAUUAGAUUUACAAUCGAACCAAAUACAAAAUACUGAAAAUUUAAAUAAUGUAGAUAAUUUGGAAUUGCUAAAUAUCUUAUAUAACCAAAUUUCUAAACUUAAAGACUUAUUUGAAUCAACAAAUUUGAAAAAACUAGAUUUAGUGAUAAAUUGUAUUGAAAAGAUAGGCGGAUGCAAAAACUUUAUCAAAAUUGAAUAA